UUCAACAGCCAAGCGAUGAUGGCGGACAAGACUACUGGAUCACGGGAAGGUACCUAUCUGGCAGCGGACGUGUCACCCGGCAGCAAAGCAGUUACGAUGUACACCCGUUUACUGUUACCAGGCCAGCAUCCCGGAAGCUAUAAACUCACCUUUCAUUUUGUGAUUCCAAGCGCAACAAAGAAAGCAUGCAGAACAUCAGACGCAUCUCUUCGCGUAUUUGUACUGUAUACCCUACCCAGUGCCAAUGAUGCCUCUAAAAUCACGUCCAACGUCGAAUGGAAGUCGUUAUCAUCAUUAUGCAAUACUGGUGGUAUGAAUUCAUUUGAUGCAUGUAGUACACUGUGGUACAUUGAUUCGACUAUGGACACACACUAUGGCAAUAACUGGAAUCACGUAAUGAUAAACGUCACGAAUAAAUUUGACCACAAGAUUGUUUUCGAAGCACGUCGACACAGCUUUCCCAGUGAGCACUGCACUGACUUUGGAAUAGAUGACAUUUCCAUCACACCUUACAGUACAUGAACUUUGUCGGCAUGAUUUGUAAUUGUUUUUAUUUCUAAAUAUAACAUUCGACACUACACAUAUAAACCAGAUUUUUUUCGACACUAGUGAACAGAUAUAGACAGGAUUUUCAAUACGAGUUAAGUUGUUUUGGUGUCUUUUUAAUUUAACACAUGGCACAUCAUUGUUUUAGAAUUAAAGCUUUACUUGAUUGAUAUCAU